AUGCUUGCCAGCUGUGCCAGGCUUGCACAUCACGGAAAGCCAGCCAGCCGACGGAUACUCAGGGAGGCAGCUGCCGAGGACAAGAGAUGGCCAGGCUGGGAGGUGGUCGUGGGGAUAGAGGUCCAUGCACAAAUCAAGUCUAGGAGAAAACUAUUCUCGGGUCAGUUUACUCGCUCCGAUCACGAAGCUUCACCCAAUAUGCAUGUCUCCGCUUAUGAUGCUGCGUUUCCUGGAACGUUACCGAGACUGAAUCCGACGUGUCUGAAUAUGGCCAUUAGGACGGCACUGGCUCUAAACUCGAAUGUGCAAACUCGCUCUUCGUUCGACCGCAAGCAUUAUUUCUACUCGGAUCUUCCCUCCGGGUAUCAAAUAACUCAACACUAUUCGCCUAUAUCAUUAGGAGGAUAUUUACAAUUGAGGAAUGAUGGCCAUCGAAUACGCAUCAAACAGAUACAAAUCGAACAGGAUACGGGGAAAUCCACAUUCGAUCCUCGACUUCGCACUUCCCUCAUCGAUCUCAACAGAGCCGGCACAGGCCUCAUGGAAAUUGUCUCCGAGCCAGAUUUACGUUCACCGGAACAGGCUGGAGACUACAUCAAGACGUUGCAAGCGACAUUGCGAGCCGUAGGAUCAAGUGACGGUAAUAUGGAGCAGGGAUCUCUUCGGUGCGAUGUCAAUGUAUCAGUAAAUAGGGCCGGAGAUGCCCCCGGAACUCGUUGCGAGAUCAAAAACCUCAACAGCAUCAAAUUUGCCCAGAUAGCCAUUGUAUCUGAAGUGUAUAGGCAUAUCUCUCUCAUCGAGAAUGGUCAGAAGGUUCAACAGGAGACGCGCGGCUUCGACGAAGCCAGGGCAGAGACGUACUCGCUGCGCAGCAAAGAAGAUGCUCCGGACUACCGAUACAUGCCAGAUCCCAAUUUGCCACCCAUUGUCCUCGACCAAACUUACAUCGAGGACGUCCGCACCAGCAUGCCUGAGCUGCCCGAAGCUACUCGUGCUAGACUCUUAGCUCGCGGUCUCAGUGACCGGGACGUGCAAGUGCUCAUGGCAGUCGACGCAGGCCGGGAAGUGGGCUUCGAUGGCAAGUUGGGACAAGGAGCUAUCGCGGUUACACACGAGUUGCUCGGACAACUCCUAGCGCGGGGCUGGAGUUUCCAUCAGAACCCCAUGUCUGCCGAACACAUGGGCGAGUUCGUUGACAUGGUGCAGCAGGGCCGCAUCACGGGGACCGCUGCCAAGGCGCUUCUUCGACAUAUGCUCGAUCACUCAUCGGCGGCGGCACCACUUGAGGUAGCCCAACAGCUGUCCCUUUUAUCGCUGGCGGAUGACACCGGCUCAUUGGAGCAAUGGUGCAAGGAAGCGAUAGAUUCCAUGCUGCGAGAGGCGGAGGAAGCGCGUCAGGGCGAUUCCAGGGUUCUGAACAAGUUCAUGGGUCGUGUAAUGAAGAUUAGUCGCGGAAGGGCUGACGCCAAAGGCGCGCGCGCGAUGUUGCAGAAAUUGCUCAGUCGCUGA